UAUGCAGUGCGGCCGGGAAGCCAUCAUUGCUGGGCAUAGGGCUGGGUGGCUGAGGGCUGCCUGCGGGGGCAGGUGUGGAGCUCCUGCCCUGCUCACAAUGGUGUCCCCUCCCUCCUCACCCGGGGUGCCAGCCCUGUCGCUAGCCUGGCGCUGACAGACGACUUUUCUCACUUGUCAGUUCUUGCUUGUCAGCAGGGCUGCUGGUAAGUGAGAGGCGACAGAGGGGCACUAAGGCGGGGCAGGCGGGGCGCAGGGUGGAGCCGGGCAGGGGUCUAAGCGCCCCGUGGCUCAUCCUGCUGCCUAGGCUCAGUCUACUCCACCGGACUCCUCACUUUCUCCCCACUCUCCUUACUACGCAGCUCUCCCUUUGCCUCCAAAUCCUCCAGGGGAGCUUCCGUGGCUUUGUUUAAGGGGAAAAAGAACAGACCCGAGGUGCUUUCAAUCCCGGACCGACGCACAGCUUGGUCCCUAUCCCUGCUCCUGGCGGCAGCCGGCAUCAUGGCUGGUUUCCGCGGCUGCCUCCAGGGCGCACCUGGGGCUGGAGUCCCCUGUGAUCCUAGCCCUCUCUGAGCUGUCUCAGGGGACGCUGCGGGGGAAGUGACAAAGUGACUGAAAGACUUGCUGGGCUGGACCCAGAGAAGAGAGGAGGCCGGGAAGGAACUACACAAACUCUCUCCACCUCACCCCCAGUGAGAACCUGCAGCCAUGGAGUCUCCCACCAAGGAGAUUGAAGAAUUUGAGAGCAACUCUCUGAAACACCUGCAACCUGAGCAGAUUGAGAAAAUCUGGCUUCGGCUCCGCGGGCUGAGGAAAUAUAAGAAAACGUCCCAGAGGUUACGGUCUUUGGUCAAGCAGUUAGAGCGAGGGGAGGCUUCUGUGGUAGAUCUUAAGAAGAACCUGGAAUACGCAGCCACAGUACUUGAAUCUGUAUAUAUCGAUGAAACAAGGAGACUUCUGGAUACAGAGGAUGAACUUAGUGACAUUCAGUCAGAUGCUGUGCCUUCUGAGGUCCGAGAUUGGCUGGCCUCCACCUUCACGAGACAGAUGGGGAUGAUGCUUAGGAGAAGUGAUGAGAAGCCCAGGUUCAAGAGCAUCGUCCAUGCGGUGCAAGCUGGGAUAUUUGUGGAGAGAAUGUACAGGAGAACAUCAAACAUGGUUGGGUUGAGCUAUCCACCAGCUGUUAUUGAUGCAUUAAAGGAUGUGGACAAGUGGUCCUUUGACGUCUUUUCGCUCAAUGAGGCCAGUGGAGAUCAUGCAUUGAAAUUCAUUUUCUAUGAAUUACUCACACGCUAUGACCUGAUCAGCCGUUUUAAGAUCCCCAUUUCUGCACUUGUCUCAUUUGUGGAGGCCCUGGAAGUGGGGUACAGCAAGCACAAAAAUCCUUACCACAACUUGAUGCAUGCUGCCGACGUCACACAGACUGUGCAUUACCUCCUCUACAAGACGGGAGUAGCGAACUGGCUGACGGAGCUGGAGAUCUUUGCAAUAAUCUUCUCGGCUGCCAUCCAUGACUAUGAACAUACUGGAACUACCAACAAUUUCCACAUUCAGACCCGGUCGGAUCCAGCUAUCCUGUACAAUGACAGAUCUGUCCUGGAGAAUCACCACUUGAGUGCAGCCUACCGCCUUCUGCAGGAAGACGAGGAGAUGAAUAUUCUUGUCAACCUCUCAAAGGAUGACUGGAGGGAGUUUCGAACCUUGGUAAUUGAGAUGGUAAUGGCCACGGAUAUGUCCUGUCAUUUCCAGCAAAUUAAAGCCAUGAAGACAGCCCUGCAGCAGCCAGAAGCAAUUGAAAAGCCAAAAGCCUUAUCCCUGAUGCUGCACACAGCAGACAUCAGCCAUCCCGCGAAAGCAUGGGACCUGCACCACCGCUGGACCAUGUCUCUCCUGGAGGAGUUCUUCAGACAGGGUGACAGAGAAGCUGAGCUGGGGCUGCCAUUUUCUCCUCUGUGUGACAGAAAGUCCACCAUGGUUGCUCAGUCCCAAGUGGGUUUUAUCGACUUCAUUGUGGAACCCACCUUCACUGUGCUCACAGAUAUGACUGAAAAGAUUGUGAGUCCGUUAAUCGAUGAAACCUCCCAGACUGGUGGGACAGGCCAGAGGCGCUCAAGUUUGAACAACAUCAACUCAUCAGAUGUAAAGCGAUCGGGUGUCAAGAGUUCCGGGUCAGAAGGAAGUGCUCCCAUCAAUAAUUCUGUCAUCCCUGUUGACUAUAAGAGUUUUAAAGCCACCUGGACUGAAGUGGUGCACAUCAACCGGGAGCGGUGGCGGGCCAAGGUGCCCAAAGAAGAGAAAGCCAAGAAGGAAGCUGAGGAGAAGGAUCGCCUGGCUGCUGAGGAAAAGCAAAAGGAAUUGGAAGCCCAAAGCCAAACUGAAAAAGGCACAUCCAGCAAAGCUGAGAAAAAGACUUCAGGAGAAACAAAAGGUCAAGUCAAUGGAGCUCGUACAAACAAGGGGAAGAACCCCAAAGGCGACAAGGCAGGAGAAAAACAGCAGAAUGGUGACUUGAAAGACGGGAAAAGUAAGGCAGACAAGAAGGAUCACUCCGGCACCGGAAAUGAUUCAAAGAAAACAGAUGGUACAAAGAAGCGUUCUCAUGACUCACCCGCUCCAAGCACUAGUUCCACAAGUCGACUUACCUUGCCAGUCAUCAAGCCUCCAUUGCGUCACUUUAAACGCCCUGCUUAUGCAUCUAGCUCCUAUGCACCUUCAGUUCCAAAGAAAACGGAUGAUCAUCCUGUAAGGUACAAGAUGCUGGAUCAGCGGAUCAAAAUGAAAAAGAUUCAGAACAUCUCUCAUCACUGGAACAAAAAAUAGGGCAAGUACAAGAAGAGGGGGAGUGAAGCAGGGCCUGCCUGCCUGCCUCUCAGCACCUGUAAGACACAGCAGGACACACCUGGAAAGUCAUGCAGCUGGCGCCACUGUGACUAACUCCAAGAGGCAAAAUGAAGACUGCUUGAGAUUCCCCUUGGUCAUUCUCUUACAGAUACUCCAGUCACUGGAUUUGAGGUCAACCCAGACUCCAGCAAGGAAUUAGUCAAUGGUAGAUUUAUUGGAUUCUAUUGUAUAGGUCUUUAAAAGUUUUAAGUCCCAACCAAAUUAAAACAAUAUAUCUUGUUCUGAAAAAUAAAAUUCUUUCCAGUACCAUAUUCUUUUAAUUCCCAAGAUAAGACUUGCCCCUAUACAAACAAUAGCUCAAAAACUAUCUGGGUAAGAAAUGUACUUCUAAAAAUAACUUUUCCAAUUAAAAUGAUGUUAUGCUGUGAAAUUAAAAUAUAAUUACAUCAUUUUUCCUUUCUUUUCCCUCCUUCCAUACCCUCAUGUACACUUACCCUUGGUCUCCCUCAAAAUCAUGGCCUCUUUAAUUGUUGAUAUUAUAUACAUAUAUAUAUAUAUAUAUAUCCUAAAUUAUAUAUAUUUAAUUAUAUAUUUAUAUUCCUAAAUAUAUAAAUACAAUCUGCUCGGUCCCUAUGUUACUUGUAUCUCUAUGUUUUCAGAACAGACUAUUUGGUAUUGGGUGACCAGUUGGUGUGCCUUCCCCUGGGAAAAACUAAUUUUCUCCCACUCUCGGCGUUCCUUAUUUGCUUACAGUUCUUUGUCUAUGGUUGCAGCCCUGUGAGACUUCCCUGUUCCGUGUUGUCAUGUCUGUUAGUGUUGUCCAAUUUUAAAUGCACUGAUUUAAAAUGUAAAAUACUUACUCAAAAUUCAAGCAAAUGUGUGAUGUUCAAAGUAAAGACAGUCAAAACAAAUUUACUUCUGAGCAUAACAAUCAUAGGGGAAAGAUGGCUGAUGGGUUUUUUUUUCCAUAGAUUUUUUCAGAAUUCAGGCUUGCCAAAGUAGAUCGAAGUUUCUCUCUCUCUCUCUCUCUCUCUCUCUCUCUCUCUCUCUCUCUCUCUCUCUGUGUGUGAGAGAGAGAGAGAGACAGAGAGAGAUAGACAGACAGAGACAGAGAGACAGAGAGAUUGAUUUUGAUUCUGAUCACAUCUCAUUCCUAGCAGCUUCAAUGUACUUUGGAGAAUUUGUGAGUUUUCUAGAUAUGCAUUUGGCUCAAUUCAUUUUAAUCCUUCCCUUCUGUCAGAAUAGCCAAUGGUUGAUGAAGUGCCGGUAGCUUAAACUCUCUAGGCUCCAAAUCUACCACAUAGGAUAUGGUGUUGUGGAAUUGAGGCAGGAAGCUGUAAAAUGCUGAGUUUGGUUUUAAUUUCUCAUUUCCAUCUUUGUCUCCCUAAGUCUAGAGAUGUCUUGAAAUUAAAUUCUAGCUCAUCUGGCCCACAGCCUGCCUACCAAAAAAAGCCAGGGGCUCUGAUUUACUCUACUCCCUGCUGGUGAGACAGACAUCUUUCUAAGCCACCUCUUGUUGGGUGGCUUAGCAAAAGCCAUUGUUAGUUUUUCUGUAACUUUACCAAUUUUUAUUUUGAGGUUAAAGUCAUAGAAAUGCAUGGGAAGUCUCACAGCUGGAGGCAGCUUUUGAUCCCUCCAGAAUGACUGGGGGCAUCUGAAAAUUCAGGUUUGAUGCAAGGCAAGUCUGCACUUCCGUUCAGCCUGAGACUGGCUGCAGGGCCUUGAACUUGUGGUGUGAUGCCAUAAGCCCCGGUUAGUUUAACCCACUCUUCCUUUGUGAUGGAAUUGUAUCAUACUGUAGGUUUGGGAUACUAUUGCUAUGCCUGGUGAGUAAUACUAGGUAUAGAGAAACAUUAGUACAGAGCACUCCAUAUUCAGGACAGACUGUCUAGGAAAGCAAAGAGCCUUCUGUAGUAGCCAGGCUUACUUGCAGAGGGUUUAGUUCAUUUCCAUAGACCAUAAUUACCCAAGAAACAAGCUCCAGAGUCCAGUGAGCACUGUGCUGUUGGGCAGCUCAUAGCUAAUGUAGUUCAUUCAGGCCAUUGUUAUACAAAUGAGAAAUCACUGUGACUUUUUGUUAAGGAAGACAAUUGCAGUUCUUAGUUCCCUGCCCAGUGUUUGGGCAAGAAAAGCUAUCUGCAGGCUGGUAGUGUACCUUCAUCUGGACUGGGUUAAGUCACAGGUAAGGCCUGCUUGUUGCUACCCAGGCUCUUUAAUGCUGAAUGUGCAGGGCCAUUAGACUGCGCAUUGACGAGGUUUAGGGGACACUCUUUCCCUGUCUCUCAAAACUUGCAGCCUUAGGUUUCAGGCUUCAGUGGGGCUCGUUCUUUCGUAGUUGUUUUGGAGAUUAAGGAUGUUUGUUCCUUCUGUGUUCUUUUCUCUUAAGAUGUGUUUAGUUUUUUUCAACCUCUGCUAAAAUUUUAGUUCAACAAAUGUACACAUAUGGAGAGUCUGCACAGUUUAUAAAUGCCUACCAUGGUUUUGCAUGCAGAAAUGAGGAUUAUAUUCUUACAGUAAAUAAAAAAAGAUGCUUUGAAAGGA